UGGAACAACAAGAGCGAGUCUACCAAAUUAACCCAAACACAUGCGCGUACAAUGAACCGCCUAGACAGUAAGCUCUUGGCUGUCUUCGUUUAGUCUUUUAGCGGGGUCCGAGGCCUCUCAGACUCGGACCCUUAUUUUUUUUUUUUAAACCAGCGGUCUUUCUUUCUUUCUUUCUCCACUUUGCUCUCCCACGAAGGAAUUUCGAUCCUUAUAAACAACCUUUUAUGAAAAGCCUCUUGCUUUCUUUUCUUGCUCAUUCCCAUUCUUCAUUCUCAUUCUGUUUUUCUUAUUAAAAGGACUGUGAAGAAAGCUUUCUGGGCAACCAACCCCAUUUUCAGAAGUGCAUGUGUUUUGAUUUUCUUAUAGCAACAUCUUUUUUGUUUUGAAUCUCAGCAGUGACAGAGUAGGAGAGUUUGGUGACGUCCAACCACCCAUGUGCUUUGUUGCUCCAUGUGUAUUGUUAUUUGUGCACAUUUGCUGGAUCUGAAGUCGUGCUCUUGAUCCUUGAUGUUGGAUGUUCGUGAUUGAGUUGUUGCUCUAAAGAUUUUUGCCGGGUUUUUUCUUUUUGUCUUUGGUUGUGAAAUUUUAAUCAAGACUCGGGGCAAUCUGUUUUCUUCUACGUUUUGACAAGUUGCGGAGAUGUCAAGCUAUUCAGGUGUUGUUGUUUCUGACCAGUGGCUUCAAAGCCAGUUCACACAGGUUGAGCUUCGCAGCCUCAAAUCAAAGUUUAUUUCGUUAAAGAAUCAGAACGGUAAAGUUACAGCUGGGGAUUUGCCACCAUUAUUGGUGAAAACUAAGGCAUUUAGAGAAACGUACAAAGAGGAGGAGGUUAAGGAAAUCUUAGGUGAUCUGGGUACUGACUUCAGCAAUGAGAUGGAUUUUGAAGGCUUUCUCAAGGCAUAUUUGAACUUGCAAGGUCAAGCUGCAGGAAAAUUGGACGGUCCAAAGAAUUCAUCAUCAUUCUUGAAGGCCACCACAACCACCCUGCUUCACACAAUCAGUGAAUCCGAGAAAGCUUCAUAUGUAGCUCACAUAAACAGUUAUCUUGGGGAUGACCCAUUUCUCAAGCAGUAUCUCCCAAUAGACCCAGCUACAAAUGAUCUAUUUGAUCUUGCAAAAGAUGGAGUUCUUCUAUGUAAGCUUAUCAAUAUUGCUGUUCCUGGAACAAUAGAUGAGCGUGCAAUCAAUACCAAACGGGUCAUCAACCCAUGGGAGAGGAACGAGAACCAUACUCUUUGCCUUAACUCUGCCAAGGCUAUUGGCUGCACGGUGGUUAACAUCGGUACCCAGGACUUGGUUGAAGGAAGACCGCAUCUUCUAUUAGGUUUGAUUUCCCAAAUUAUAAAGAUCCAACUAUUGGCUGAUCUUAACCUUAAGAAAACACCUCAGCUUGUGGAAUUGGUGGAUGACAGCAAGGACGUUGAAGAGCUUUUAAGUUUACCCCCUGAUAAAGUUCUGUUGAAAUGGAUGAAUUUCCAUCUCCAGAAAGCAGGUUACAAGAAAACAGUUACAAAUUUUUCUUCUGAUGUGAAGGAUGGAGAGGCUUAUGCUUACCUGCUCAAUGUUCUUGCUCCAGAACAUUGCAGCCCAGCCACAUUGGAUGUCAAGGAUCCAAAUGAAAGGGCAAAAUUGGUUCUUGACCAUGCUGAGAGAAUGGGCUGCAAAAGAUACUUAACCCCUAAAGAUAUUGUUGAGGGUUCAUCAAAUUUGAAUCUGGCUUUUGUUGCACAGAUAUUCCACCAAAGGAAUGGCCUUUCUACGGACAGCAAAAAGAUUUCUUUUGCAGAGAUGAUGACAGAUGAUGUGCAAACAUCUAGAGAAGAGAGGUGCUUCCGACUCUGGAUCAACAGUCUGGGGAUUGCCACUUAUGUCAAUAAUGUGUUUGAGGAUGUCAGAAACGGAUGGUUACUUCUAGAAGUACUUGAUAAGAUUUCUCCAGGAUCAGUCAACUGGAAGCAAGCAACAAAGCCUCCAAUUAAAAUGCCAUUUAGAAAAGUCGAGAAUUGCAACCAAGUUGUGAGGAUUGGGAAGGAGUUGAGAUUUUCACUGGUGAACGUAGCUGGAAAUGAUAUUGUACAAGGAAACAAAAAGCUCAUACUUGCUUUCCUAUGGCAGUUGAUGAGAUUUAAUAUGCUUCAACUUUUGAAGAAUUUGAGAUCUCACUCCCGAGGAAAGGAGAUGAAAGAUGCAGACAUCCUAAAUUGGGCUAACAGGAAAGUAAAAGGCACAGGCAGAAAUUCUCACAUUGACAGUUUUAAGGAUAAGAGCCUGUCUAGUGGGAUAUUCUUUCUUGAGCUUCUUAGUGCCGUGGAGCCUAGGGUUGUCAACUGGAACCUCGUUACCAAGGGUGAAAGUGAUGAUGAAAAGAAGUUGAAUGCUACAUACAUAAUCAGUGUUGCACGGAAACUUGGCUGUUCCAUUUUCUUGUUGCCUGAGGACAUCAUGGAGGUGAACCAGAAGAUGAUUCUCACUCUAACCGCCAGCAUUAUGUAUUGGAGCCUGCAACAAGUCACUGACGAGUCAGAUGGAUCAUCUUCCCCUGCUGAUGUCAAUGCUUGUCCUUCAACUCCAGAUGCAUCCCCAGCACCAUCUAUCAGCGGCGAGGAUGAAAGCUCUUCCUUAAGUGGUGAAGUUUCAAAUGAAAGCUCUUCCUUAAAUGGCGAAGUUUCGAACUUAAGUAUCGAUGAUGCUGCGUCUGAUUCUACAGUCUCCUCACAGCUCGAAAACGAGGUGUCUUCUUUGCCAGAGUGAGUUUCAUUUUCAGUUAUUUGCCUUCACGAGACAUAAAAGGGUCGAGUUGAAAACGGUUGUAUAGUAGGUUAAGUUCGUAGCUCACACCCUUCAAAGUGAAAGAAUAACUACGCUGCUCGCUAAAAAGGCUCGUAGAGAAUGUCAAUACCAAAAGGUGGACAAUAAGAGAAAAUUGUAAAACAUGUACUUGUUAGAUAGAUACCAAAACCAAAAAGAGAAAGCAAAAGAUGUAGGGUGGUUGAAAGUCCUUUUUCCACUAUAUAUCUAUGCAGUUUUGGAUGUAUUCUUUUGAGAAUCACAAUGUGGAUCAUGUUGAAAGAAACAAAACACCAACUGUUGACAACAAGAAUUUGUUACCCUCACUCUGUUCUUUCUUCUAUAAGCAAUUCGCUUUGAAUUUUUGAAACUGUUUUUAUUCCUAAUCAAACAAUCUAGUUGGUUAAAUAAAUUCUGAUUCUUAAUAUCUUCA